CGCUAACGUGUUGCUAUUGCAAGAUGUGUGACGUUGUUAUUUUUGUGUGAAAAAGCCGCGAAUAUUUGGGACACCCUUAAUUUGCGCUUCAAACAUGGAGAAUUCUGCAUAUGUGCCAAAUUCUGCACAUCUCAACUCGCCAGCCUUGGUUGUAUUUUCGCAGGCUGGAGGCUUACAAGAUGCCCUAAGGAUACAAAGACCUUUUAACUCUCAGUUCACAAUGUCCGACGCAACGAAAAACCUCCACAGGCCCUUUGACGCGGCCAGCUUCGGCCUACGCCACAUGGAGGCCUACGGGGGCCUGCCGGCCCACAUCCUGAACCAUCUGCAGCCUCAAUUCCUGCACCCCGGCCUGUCCCUCGGCUCCAGCGCCUUCCGACCCCUUGGCGAUUUCAAGAACUUCCCCUCGCCGUCGGCCUUCGCGCCCCCAAAGUGUUUGAAAAUCGAGACUAGUAGUGAAAAUCAGAUCGGUCGCGGUAUAUUUUCACCUUCCGACGAGAGGUUUUUGGGGCCUAGCCCGAGGGCGGACUCAUGUUCGCCCGCCAGUGCCUCGAUGUCACCCCAGCCCCAGUCCCAGGUCAAGGAGGAGAGUAUGGACGCUCAUAUGUCGGAAGAUGGCGAAGGUCAUCGUGGAAAUGGCACGGACAAUGACUCCCCCGGUAUAUUGGAGGAUAACAGAGGAUUCCGAAUAGGUCACCUGUUUGGAGGAGGUUUUGGCGGCGGGGGAGGCGGGUAUGGUUUCUCGAUGCCAGGCCUCCCAUCAGCUGCACACGCACUAGCGAAGACAACUUUCCUCUUCGACCAUGACUUCUCGAAUAAGCAGAAAAAGCGAGAUCCCUCAAGUUGUCCAGUUUGCGGAUCUACCAUAGCGUCAGGAGAUAUGGAAUCACAUUUCAUGUACGAACUUGAAAGACUGUAUAAGCUGAGUGGUACUGGAAUAGCAGCAACUAGAAAAAGAAGGCCGGAAAGUGGAAGACCACCAGCACUGCCUGGUGACAGUGGACCGGAAGGUAGAUGGGAGACGUUUCAGCGUAUAAAAACCAACAGACAGGGAAGGCUCAGAUUGAAAAUAAGAAAGAGGAAAGCAGAUGAGAAUUGUUUGAUAUGCAUAGGCAGGUUACACAGUCCAGACAGAGUCAACAUACACCAACAGUGCGUGAAAAAGGUUACAACUGAGGACGAAGAAACGGUAGACGUUGAGGGAGAUUCAGAGUUAGAAGAGUGGGCAGAAGGUCAAAGGAGGCGUUCAAGUCCGAUGAUAACAGAACUGACGAGAACACCCUCAAGUACGGAAAAAAUGACGGAUGUAGAUAAUGAAGCCGAUGAUGUUAUUGUUGACGGGGAAGAAGAAUCUAUGUUUGGUCCUUCGCAAUAUUCGGAGUCUGACGUUGAACACUGUAAAAAUGAAGAUGAAGCUAAGGAACGCGAAGGUGUUCAAUCCCAGGUGGCGACGGUGAACUCAAGCGGGGAUGUUGAGAUCAAAAUCGAGAGUGCUGGUGGUCAACAAUGUGAUAGCAAUGUUAGUACGUCGGAUGCUGAACCCAGCAGUAGAGCACACAUGAUCGAAGAACUGAGGAAUCGAAUAAGGCAGUUAGAAGCUGAAAGUGGGGGCGAAACCACAACCACAAGUUGCGAACAAGAGGAUUAUAAGUGCUUAAUAUGUUUGGAGCAUUACAAAAAACCUGUUAUUUCCACGGUCUGCUGGCAUGUACACUGCGAAGAAUGCUGGUUACACACACUGGGAAGCAAGAAAGUUUGCCCACAAUGCAGUAUGAUAACGUCGGCAUCAGAUUUACGCCGUAUAUACAUGUAAUGUGAUUCUAUUAAUUUAUUAAUGUAAUAUAUAUUUCAUACUGUACUCAACUCACUAAUGAAAAUUGCUUAGCAAAUAUGUAUUCGACUUCGUUUGCUCAUUACUCAGAAAUGGCUAUGUGAUUUUCUAACUAGGUAAUCUGGUGAAAGCAUAAGAAACUGUGAUUAGAUAUUUCCAUUUUCGAUUCACUUCGAAUGAGAAAUUGUCACCAACAAUUUGUAAGAAGAAUGUGAUCGUUCAUUAACCGAAUUAAAAAAAUGGAAUUGGUGGGUGGAAAAAAACUGAUUGGUUGCAAGAACUAUUUAUGUAAUUUAGAUGAGAACUCGAUAUUUCUCCAGUUAGCGAGAUUAAGUUGUCGCCCCAUUGAUCAUCUUUACUUGUUUGUACGCCGCUCCUCAAAACUAAACUGUUAAAUUGAUUUCCUUCCAUAACCAGAAGGGAUAUUGAUAGAAUCCCCAUAUUCGAAAUUUUACGUUGAUGUUCCUGUUAUAAGUUUAUGUUGGAAAUUAGCAACUCGACGAUGGAAUAUAGCAACAUUUAUCCAUGAGUGCUGUUUAGAAUGCAAACAUAAUCAUCUAUUAGAGACAUCGAUCAAGAAAUUUGUUUAAUAAGCCAAAAAAUUCUUAAUUGUACCAGUAGAGUAAAGUAUAAGUGAUGCGAUCUAUUCUCCCUAAACUAUUGCAUUUAUAGGAUGUCAUAAUGUUAUUAUUGUAAUUUAUAUUUAAUAAGCUUCUGCGAAUUUCUGAACACUUAUCAUAUCAUGAAAAAAAAAAUUGGAGGUUACAUUCCCCACGUUGUUUUAAUUCGAUAUUGCAUCUCAGAAAUCCGCAUAAGCAUCGUCUAUGUUGAUCCUAAUUCAUUAUAUUGUUAUAUCGUAAAAAUUCUGUUAAUAUGUAUCAUAAAAUAUGUGUAUAUUGUAGAUAUUUAAUUCUCAAAUAAACCUGAACUGAAUGUC